AUAAUAGAAUCUAAAAUAUCCCUAGCACAAGUAAAAUGGCAAACCACGGUCAUCCUGUCAACGCUGAACACGAUUCCAAUCAGGCGCAGAUGAGGAAUAGGGAUCUCGUGGACCAACCCUCCGACAUCCAUAGCCAAGGCCAAGCCACCAAUUUCCUUCAAGAGAGUGGUGCACAAGCUAAGGACGCGGCACAAACCGCCGUCAACAUGGCUAAGGGAGCGGCGGUUGGCGCCGCUAACAUGGCGCAAGGGGCGGCGGAGGUGGUCAAGAAUACUCUAGGGAUCAAUGCUCCCAACGCCAACUCCAACUCCAACUCCACCACGAGCACUGCUGCCGCCGCCACCACCGCCGGAGGAAACAACAGUCACCCAAGGAACCCUACUACUAGGAUGUAAAUUGUAAAUUCUUUUUCACAUUCUUCGAAUGACAUGAUACUCGUUUUCGUGCAAUUGCUAAAUUUUAUUUGUUUCUACUUUUA